AUGGGCAAGUGUACCCGUUUAAGUCGAGUCCUGGAACACCAUGAACAAGCCAGCGUAUCGUUAGAGCAGCGACGGAUGCUUGAGUCUGCCGAGGCGCGCCCCCAUCAUCGCCAGGAGAUCAUAAACAAGAUCAUGAAAGAGUUAUAUCUCGUCCAAAAAGUCCUUUUAGCCAUGGGACGCUCGGUCCAAUCCCUACUUAUAGACGGCCCCGAAUUCACGCCGGCUGACCGGGACCUGGUCGUCCGUACUCUGUUGAUGCGUCAGCACCACCCCAUGAAGCCGAUGUUCACGAAAGCCUUCACCUAUCUAUAUCUGGGCAGCCUUCCGCGCCGUCAUGCAUCCUUGGAAAUCGUGCAUCCCGAUAGGGGACCUUCGACAUCUGCACUGGAGGAAUCAGCCGGCUCUGUGAAAGAGCCUGUCAAAAUCAAGAAAAAGACCAACAAAAUUGCUAAACAGCGGAAUGAGAAUACGGCACGACCAUCCGCGGGGGACCAACGGUCAAUUUGGAGGAAUAUACGAGCCCACGCUGGCCUUCUCAAACCAUACCAAGAUUUUGCCCGUAAGGACGUAGUAGCGGGCAAGGCGAAACUGAACGCCGACAAACCCGCCAAGCUCUCGCAGAAAAACACCGCACGAUGUACCGUGAUCGUGCCAAAUCAUCGAGUGUCCACGGCAUCGAAUCGAAGGGAGCAUGCCAACUUUGCCACAGCUAUGAUAAUAGUCCUCAAGAAAGGGUGGGCGUACCGCAGGCGGUAA